AUGGCUGAUAAUAUUGCAUACCAACUAGACCCCGGUCCACUUGAAUCAUCUGUAUUAACAGAACAAAUUACCCAUAGAUCACGGGAUAUAUGGGAUGGAAGUGUUAAUAUGAUUCUAAAUACGAGGAGGUGUGAUGGUAAAUUUUGGGACCUCGUAAAGAAAUAUCCCAUCCCUCCUCGAGUCUUAGAAGUGAUUCAAUUAUCUGGAUUGUACGGUGUUUACAGGUCUCAUCGGCCUAUGAUUGAUCGUAGUUUGAUCACUUCCCUAGUCGAGAGAUGGCGUCCUGAGACACAUACAUUUCACUUUAGGACGGGUGAGGCAACUAUCACCUUGCAAGAUGUAGAGGUGUUGUAUGGCUUACCUGUGAAUGGUCAUCCUGUACUUGGUAAUGAGUUGAUUAGGACUAUAGGAGAUUGGCAAAAUAUUUGCCAAAGAUUAUUAGGUUUUACUCCAUGUCCUCAAGACUUCAACCAUAAUAGCCUUAAGGUCUCUGCACUUAAUGCGCACAUGCUAAGGCAACCACAGUUGACGGACAUGGCAACACAAGAUAUGGUUAAUCAAAAGGCUAGGUGUUACAUGUUUUGGAUGAUUGCUGGUAUGAUGAUGGCAGAUACAUCUGGUAGUUUUUUAAAGCUUAUGUAUCUUCCCAUGCUCGAGGACGUCAAUGCAAUUGGGUCUUAUAGUUGGGGUAGUGCGACCUUAGCGUGCUUGUAUCGUUUUCUCUGUAAGUCCUCACAAAGUAACCAAAACGAGAUAGCUGGAUUUCUACCACUACUUCAGGUAUACUCAAUAACUAAAUAA